GUUUUUAUUAAUUUGUUUUUCUUGUGUUACCCUUAUAGACCGAAACCCCAGUUGUUUUUUUCUUUAGUGACGGCUAAUUGGAGUUGAGUUUCAACAAACACAAUGGCUCAAGGAAAUUAUAUGGAACGGAACAAACGAGAUUAUGGCCUCCGUUUCGAUCACGAUGUGAAACAGCGCAAGUUAAAGGCUCGUCAAGCUCACAAGCACUCUAAAAAGGCCCAGAAGAGUUUGGGUCUUGAGGGUAAGAAGAUUGCCAAGAAAAAUUAUGCGCAGAAAGCGCAGAUGAGGAAGACUUUGGCCAUGCAUGAAGAGUCAACAAUUAGGCGCAAGGCUGAUGAUAAUGUUCGGGAUGGAGCUGUUCCCGCGUAUCUUUUAGAUCGUGAUAACACGAACCGAGCAAAGAUUCUCAGCAACACUAUUAAGCAAAAGAGGAAGGAGAAGGCUGGGAAAUGGGAUGUUCCUCUACCAAAGGUACGUCCUGUGGCUGAAGAAGAAAUGUUCAAAGUAGUCCGCACUGGUAAAAGAAAGACGAAGCAAUGGAAGAGGAUGGUUACCAAAACUACUUUUGUUGGGCCUGAUUUUACCAGAAAACCUCCAAAGUAUGAGCGGUUCAUUCGUCCUACUGGAUUGCGGUUCACUAAAGCUCAUGUCACUCAUCCAGAACUUAAAUGCACAUUCAAUCUAGAAAUUAUUGGAGUCAAGAAAAACCCCAAUGGCCCUAUGUACACUUCUCUUGGUGUCAUGACCAGAGGAUCUAUAAUCGAGGUGAAUGUUAGCGAACUUGGUCUGGUUACACCUGCAGGGAAAGUUGUGUGGGGUAAAUAUGCUCAGGUUACCAACAACCCAGAAAAUGAUGGCUGUAUUAAUGCUGUUUUACUUGUUUAAGGUUUGAUCAAAGAUUGGAGGUCAAGUCACAUUCUUAUGUUUCUUUUUGUAGUUUCGUAGGUAUUACUGUUCCAUCUGUCUCAAUUUAUUCGCAAUGAUUUUAGUCUUUUGCUUGAGUAACUCACAAAUUAAGCAUUAUAAAUGAAGAUCUUAUUUAUAGUUGAAUCUACUUCAAAAUAUCAUCAAGUCAUCAUUGAUUUUAGAAUAUGUUAUGAAAAACUGUUACUUUUAAAGAACUCAUGCUUCACAACAUAAUGU